AUGGAAUCUGUCUCCGCCGUUAACCAAACACUCCCAAUCUCCAGUGAUGAAACGGAGAAGUUCACCGUAUACUCCGCCGCAGUCCACAAAGUCGUCGUUAUGGUAAACGCCGGAAUUAUAGGAUUAGUUCAGCUCAUGAACAAACAGAACUCCUCUCUUUUGGAAAUAAACAAAACAGAGUUCCUCUGUUUUUAUAUCUUUGUUUUCUUCUAUGUCGUUCUUCGAGUCCGAGAAGCCGUAGACACGCGGCUACGACCCGGGUUAGUCCCGAAGCUCGUCGGACACACGAGCCAUAUGUUCGGCGCUCUAGCGGCUCUCGUGCUCGUCUCUGUCUUUUGCACCACGUUUGCUUUCGUCCUUCUUCUUCUUUGGUUUCUUUGGCUCUCACUCGUAGCUUACGACACGUUCAACGCAAUCAAGCUCUUUUACUCCGAGUCCGGCGCCGGUUUACCUCAGUCGUCACCGGUUUGA